AGUAACACUUCUUUCACCUCCAUCAGGUGCCGUUCCUUUGACAAAACUUUCACAACCUUUCAAGCGCAGUCGCAUUAGCUUCUCGAGCUAUAUAGCCAAAGCAGUCACUGGAACGUUCUGACACGGACACAUUAAUUAACCUUGCAUUCCUAGUAUACUACCACAGCCUCGAUUCCUAUAGUAGCCAUGUCCGACGCCGAGAUCGAGCAGAAGCGCGAGGAAGAUGAGCGUCUUGAUACCGCAGAAGACCCAACUGAGGAGGAGGAGAUCUCUGCGAUGAGACGACGCGUACAAGAGAUGGAGGAGGAAGCACAGAAGCUGCGCGAAAUGCAGCAAUCGCUCGACCACGAACGGCACGAGAUGCGCGAAAGCAAAGAAGACGUCGAUGCGCGAAGCGUCUUCGUUGGAAACGUGGAUUAUGGGGCGAGCCCUGAAGAGAUCCAAGCACACUUCCAGAGCAUCGGCAGCAUAAACCGCGUCACAAUUCUGCUCGACAAGUUCACAGGACAUCCUAAAGGGUUAGUACCAAGAGGAGGUUUUCUUUGAAGAUACACACAAGUUUGCUCCUGACAAGGUCGUUCUUGAUCGACUGCUCCAUGUAGCACCAAGCGCACAACGAUAUGCGCGACGUCAGCGCCACAGUUGCCUUGACGCGCAUUUGACUCAGUCAUUCCCCGCAAAGAUCAUCUUUCGCUACCUGGCAAGAGCUUGGCAGUAAGAUCGGAACGCUAAUGAGCGUCUGCAGGUAUGCGUAUGUAGAGUUCACUGAACCACACCUGGUCAAUGAGGCCCUUGUGCUCGACAACAGCCAGUUCCGCAGCAGGAACCUCAAG